AUGAGGGCAUACUACUACGACAACGUCGAGGUGAGCCAGACUCCCCCCGCUAUCACGCAAUCCACCACAGCAAAUGUCGCUCCCUCCGUGCAAAGGCAUCGCGGACGAGCAGCGGCAGCGGCAGACGUAGUAGCAAUCCCAACACCCUCGAAAGCCACCGCUAGCAUCGGCGACCAGCGCCUCCCACACGACUCGGGCCGCGACCUGGCCGCGGCCGACCUCGAGAAGCUGGGCGUGCUGUACUACCGGCUGCCGGACGUGUCCGGGGUCGACGAGCUGGCGUCGCAGCGCGGCUACCGCAACCGCGACGAGAUCACCGUCAGCCCCGAGAAGAUGGGCGCUGUCUACGAGGACAAGGUCAAGUCCUUCUUCCACGAGCACCUGCACGAGGACGAGGAGAUCCGCUACAUCCGCGACGGCCGCGGCUACUUCGAUGUCCGCAGCAAGGGCGACGACUGGGUGCGCAUCCAGCUCGAGAAGGACGACCUGAUUAUCCUGCCCGCGGGCAUUUACCACCGCUUCACCACGGAUGCAGACAACUAUAUCCAGGCCAUGCGCCUUUUCAAGGACGAGCCCAAGUGGACGCCUCUGAACAGGGCACCCGAGCUUGACUCCAACGAGCACCGCCAGGUUUACGUUUCUCAAUUCCUGAAGUAG